AUGAAUGAUCUCAACAUUUGCGAUAAGAUGAUCUUACGUGAGUUACAGUAUCGUUGGUACGUGACUCAGCAAUUUUUUGAAAUUAUUAAUCUGACAGUACACCGGCCAAGUCACAAGGAAGAGAAGCCGUACCCAGGUGACAUAUUAUGUGAUCAGAUGCUCACCAAUAAAGAAGAAUUUGCGGUCCACUUUCCAAUUCACACCGGAGUGAAGCAUUACUCGUGUGACGUGUGUCACAAAUCGUUCACUUAUAGAUCUAGACUGAUUGAGCAUCGGCGUACGCACACGGGGGAGAAGCCAUACACUUGUGACAUAUGUCACAAAUCUUUCAGCAGUAGAUAUUAUAGCCUGAAAGUUCAUCAGCGGAUACACACGGGAGAGAAGCCCUACUCCUGCGACUUUUGCGACAAAUCGUUCAGUCACAGAAAUGGUGUGAUUGCACAUCAUCGAAAGCACACGGGAGAGAAUCCUUACACGUGCGGCGUUUGCAACAAAUCGUACGCUUAUAAAAGUAGUCUGAGAACACAUCAAAAGUUGCACACGGGAUAG